UGGCGCCAUAAACCGGAGAGAGUAAUUUUGAACAGAGGAAUGAUCUGUUCUGUCAAAAAACACUCAAAUCAUGGGAUCUUCAAUUUCCUCUAAUUUCUUCAACGUUCGUAAUUUCUUCUCAAAUUCUUCUCAUUGCUUCAUCAUCACACUCUCUCUCAGUUAGGGUUUUCACUCUUUGCUUUCUCUUCUUUCCAACAAUGGCCGCCACGCCUCCUUCCUUUUCCCCCUCUCGCACCACCUGCGCCUCUCUCCUCCGCGAAUUGCAGAUAAUAUGGGAUGAGAUUGGGGACAGUGACAAUGAUAGAGACAACAUGCUUCUUCAACUGGAGCAAGAAUGCCUGGACAUUUAUCACCGGAGAGUUGAGGAGACGAGGAAGCACAAGGCUGACAUGUAUCAGUGGUUGGCAGAUGCUGAAGCUCAAGCAACUAAUAUUGUUUCUUCCCUUGGGGAAUCUACGGUGCUCCCACGGGGAAAGGGAUCCUUGAAGCAGCAAAUAGCUACCAUUAAACCUGUCUUAGAGGAUUUGAGGUCAAAGAAGGAUGAAAGAAUCAAGGAAUUUUUAAAGAUAAAGUCCCAAAUUUCUCAGAUAUGUGAUGAAAUAGCAGGUUGUGGACAGUACACGAGUGUCACAGACUCAGAUGUUAAUCAAAGUGAUCUGACAUCAAAGAAAUUGGGGGAACUCAAGUCGCAUCUACAGGAGCUUCAGAAUGAAAAGAUAUUACGUCAGCAGAAAGUGAAGAGUCAUAUCAGUACUAUUAGUGAGCUUACAGAAGUAAUGUCAAUUGAUUUUAGGAAGACAUUAAAUGAAAUUCACCCAAGUCUGGAUGAUUCAUUAAAAGGUACACUACAGAGCAUCAGCAAUGACACGCUUGCAAGAUUAACCGGGGUUAUUCAUUCAUUAAAGAGGGAGAAGCAACAAAGGCUACAAAAGAUGCAAGAGCUUGCUAAAUUGCUGGUAGAGCUUUGGGAUCUCAUGGAGACACCAACUGAAGAGAAAAAGGAGUUUAGCCAUGUUACUCGAUUAAUUUCAGCAUCAGCGGAUGAAGUGUCAACUCGUGGUUGUCUUUCUUCAGAAGUCAUUGAGCAGGUUGAAGGUGAAGUCCAGCGGUUAAAUGUUGUCAAAGCUAGUAAGAUAAAGGAUUUGGUGUUUAAGAGGCAGAAUGAGCUUGAAAAUAUUUACAGAGGAGUUCACAUGCAUGUCGAUAGUGAAUCUGCAAGACAGAUUUUGACUAGCCUCAUUGAAUCUGGUAAUGUUGAUCUGUCUGAUUUGCUUCAAAACAUGGAUGGUCAAAUAAGACAAGCCAAAGAGCAAGCUCUAAGCAGAAGAGAUAUCUUAGAUAGGACAGAGAAAUGGAAAUUUGCAGCUGAGGAGGAAAAGUGGUUAGAUGAAUACGAAAGGGAUGAAAAUCGAUAUACUGCUGUAAGAGGAGCACACAAAAAUUUGAAACGUGCUGAGAAAGCUCGGAUUCUUGUCAGCAGGAUUCCAUCUAUUGUUGAGAAUUUGACUACAAAAGUGAGAGCGUGGGAAAUGGAAAAAGGAAUACCUUUCUUGUAUGAAAAGAUACCAUUGUUACAUAGCUUGGAUGAAUAUAUUGUACAACGACAACUCAGAGAAGAAGAGAAACGCAAAUAUCGGGAGCAGAAACGGCUACAAGAACAAGCAGCUGUAGAGCAAGAAACACUUUUUGGUUCCAGGUCUGCAACAAAGAAGCCUCUGAGUCAGAGCAACAACGCCAACACCAUAACAGGGACACCAACCGGCCGUAGACUGCUUACUCCCUCCGGACGCCAUGGAACCUCUGGAGGAAAGGAACGCAGAGAAAGUGGCAGAGUGAACACCAUAAUUCCAGUGAACUAUGUUGCUCUUCCAAAAGAUGAUUCUGUUUCUAGGGGUAAUUGAUGUUGCCCUCUAUUUGACUCUUGUAUAUCAGUAAACUAAUUCAACUUUGUAAAUGUGCUUAUUAUACAAGCUCCAUGUUUCAUUCUGAAAUAUUAUAAAAAAGCUUUACAUCCAACACUAGAGGUUGAUCUUACAUGUUUUAUCAACUGUAAAUUGGUACAUGACCAAGAAGAACUGACCUAUUCUAGGUUUGAUUAAAAAUGAUUGUACAAGCCCAUGGGCUAACGAGAUUACAAAUAUACAAGAAAUCUUC